GUAACUUCAGCUGCCACAAUGGAAAGUUCUAAUUGGGGGGAGGGAUUGCUUCUUCCUUGUCGACAUCACAGUUAACUUGAUUUGGAAAAUCUAUCUUCUAUGAAUCAUACAGACAAUUGAAAUUGAUUCGUCUGGCUUAGUAGCCUAUACACAACGUGUUAUGCCCUAAAGCCUUCCUAAACUUCAUCUGUUUAAUUGACGAGAAAUUAAGUUGUUUGGUGUCUUGGUGUGUUGGUUGGUGGCAGAAGGCAUUAGACAUCACACGGCAUAGAAUGACUGUCUACAAACUACCAUGUAUAUUAGUCGACCGAGUUAAACGUAAGAACACUUGCCAUGCCACUGUCAUGAUAUCUUGUUAUCAUGAUUUGACAAAUCAAGCGUUUAUUAUCACACAUAACAUUAAACAUUCCCGAUGGUAUAUCAAUGGCAGUCUCUCUCGCAGACCAAGAGACUUGUUGCAACGUCAGAAUCGUAACUCUCAUUUUUUUGGGGAAGCCCGUCACAUCCUCUGUCCAUGUAUGGGCAUGAAGUUUACACGCAGCAGGGAAUCCUCUCACUGGAGCCGAUGAAUGGGGGGAGGGCUCUAGCGACCCGCCAGAGUGUAUAUAAGGAGAGGCGAGGGAAGCCACUGGUGUGAAACAUAGCCACAGCAACAGAUAGCCGAAAAGCUACAAAGCGAUACAGCACGCAGUCAUCUGGACAAAAAGGACAUUUCGAAUUAUUUAUUGACACCUUUUUCCUCAAACGACUACCUGCACAUUUUCGGAGAUAAUCGACGACCCCGUGCACCAGAGGGAAAAGGACGCAUAAUUUGCAUCUGCUUUGUUUUAUUUUUUUGUCUACCUGCACUUACCUGGAUUGACAGACUUGAAAUCAAUCUCGCAAUCAUGCUGAACAACAUGGAUUUGAACUCUAAAGAUUCCUUCUACCCACAGUUUGAGAAUUGUAACGGUUCUUCCCUGGGGGUGGAAAAUAGCGCUCGGAAAGAUACCCAGGAGAUGUUUUCGGACGCAGAGAGAGGAGCACCUGCCCAGUAUACCCCUGAGGGAGCACCUGUAACCCUGAAAACUGAGGCCUCCAACUCAGAUUUCGCCUUUAAUCCCUGUGAGGGGCCCAAAGGCACCUCCUCCUCCCUCGCCUACUCAGGCAGAUUCUAUGUCGAGGCGACUCAGGGGGGCCCGUGCAGCACUGAGACAUUGCUCAACAUGAUCACAGAAAUUGUCGGUAUUUCUACGUUACCGAUCUCCGAAGUUCAACUGAGCACCAUGGACAGCAGCAGCUUCGGCGACGCGGGCGUCCAGAGGCAAUCCUCCACCUGCAGCGCCACCCCGCCCCUGUACUCGCCGGGGCAGACAUGCCCCAGAUACCCCGACGGUCAGUCCGGCGGCCAAGCUCAAGAUUCAACCUCUCCCCACGUGAGCUUCGGCUCCCCCGCUCAAGUCCGAAACCAGAACAGCACCACCGAGCCACAGUCAGAAGCUGCGUCUUUUCCAGUGGUGGUCAAGAAUGAAUUCGAUAGCAGCUGUUACGAAUGGGGCACGUUCAAUAAAUCGGACGCCUAUUUGGAAACCAGCUUCCAAACAUCAGAAACGUUCCCGAUGUCCAGUGACUUCCCGUCUGACCAACAAGUGGAUGUAAAGGAACUUUUGGACUCAUUUUCACCCAUGUGUCCUAACCCAGAGAUGGAGUUCAAAGUUGAAGGUGGAAUCAAGCAGGAGCAGUGCUAUUCUGACACCUGCUCUCAGAGUUUCUGCAGUUCUCUUUACCCCAACUACCCAGUGCCAGUCAUGGACCACUCAACCAACAACCUCCUCAAGCCAGCUAUGUUUCCCAACAUUGAACUUCCGCCAUUAUCUAAUCAGUGCGAUUCGUCUUGCCAGCUUACCUCACCAGCUUUACCCAGUACUAUAGACUCAAUUCUUUACUCCUCCUUGUUGCCAGACUCCUUUGCCCAAAGUUACACGCCGCGCGUGCAAAAGGCACCGCGUGUCAGGAAAAGCCCCGCCGCCUCUACCGGGCCUGCCAAAGAGAAACCCUUCACCUGCCCCAUGGAGAACUGCGACCGGCGCUUCUCCCGCUCAGAUGAACUCAACAGGCACAUCCGCAUCCACACGGGACACAAACCCUUUCAGUGCCGCAUCUGUCUGCGCAGUUUCAGCCGUAGCGACCACCUCACCACCCACACCCGGACUCACACGGGAGAGAAGCCGUUCUCCUGCGACGUAUGCGGCAAAAGGUUCGCUCGGAGCGACGAGAGGAAACGGCACGGUCGCGUGCACCUGAAACAGAAAGAAAAGAUGGAGCUGAAGCCACAAGUGAUCAGUGCGUGGCCAUUUACUCUUCCCGAGGGAAUUUGAAGAGACCCCAUUACGCACACGAGUAGCUCUGUCCACACAACAUUACAAUCUUUCCGUCGAAGAUAAAACGCUUAACAGUUCAUUGCUGAUUACAGGUCGACGUAUCAACGUUUGCGGUGUGACAUAUAGGUCGAGUGAAAUUGGUUUGACUGUGAAAGUCUCUAUAGGGAGUCUAAGAAUAAGGAUGUUUUGCGAGUUAGAUUUGCAUAGUGCUAUAUCGGGGAGCGAAUUGUGAAAAGGGUCUGCUCUUUCGACCCUAGUUUACUUGCUGCUGCUGACUCUAUGCAAGACAUGCAUGACUUGAUUGUAAAACCUUCCCGAGUUGACAGCUCAACAGACACGUAUUGUGUUUCUCUGUUACAAUCAACCAAUUUGAUCAUUUCAAACCAAACACCAAGGCAUCAUAACAAAUGUCUUCACCAGUUCAGUACCCUUUCGUCUGGACAGCUCCAACGUCAAACCUCGACGAAGAAAUAUACCAUUAAGACAACGAACUGCAUCGAAAUUGCUGGGCUAUAUUGCACUUAUAUACCUAAUUUGAGAUAUCCUCUAUCCACUAGAAAGUCGUAUAUUUUUUUGCUUUCGAGGCUUUUAUAACACUAACACUGCAACCAGUCAGAUAGUGGUUCUUCAAAUGCAUGUUUAUGUUCAUGUGGUAUUAUUAAAUAUAGCCAACAAAUAACUUAGUCCUCCACUUACCGAAUGGAAGUGAAAGAGACUUCGUUUUAUGACAUGAAUGUAACACAUUGUUCUUGGCUUUAGUCACAAAGCAGUCCAUUUGUGCCAAGGUUUUGAGAAUGUAUUUUGCUUUGCUGUUAGUAUUCUAUUGAUUGGGCUUUGUGUUGUAUUUAAAGAAAACUGGUUGAAUUAUUAAAUCGUGGAAGUUAUACCAUAAAUGGAAAAUAAAUAUAUUUGUAUGACUGUACUUUGUAUUUUUAUAGCUGUGUAUAUACAUAUUUCAAAAGACCACUGUUUAACCUUGAAUUGUUAAAGUGUAAAAGGCUUUUUUAAACAAACUCACAAUGUUUUACGUGUACUUUUGGAGGGCUGGUAGCAAACAGUGUUUUAGAGAGAUUGUCAUUUGAUAUCAAAUAUAUUUCUAAGACAAGUAAAAGAUGACCUAACUGUUCGUAUAAUAGUGACUCGAAAUCUCAUUUGAUUCCACUGCUAAUCAGUUCGUGAUGAGGACUAUAGUGUUAAACUAGUAAGUCAUUAUACAUGGCUCUGGUACAGUACGAUGUACUGUAUUGCACUGUCAAGCCAGAAUUGACUAGCAGCACAACACUAAAACAUUGCUGUUGAGUAAUCAGGUAGCACACAUUGCUGCGAGUUUAUGUACAGUCGCUCUGGAUAAGAGCGUCUGCUAAAUGACUUAAAUGUAAAUGUACUUUUCAGAUGAGAUGAUUUAAGACUUGACAAGGCAUUGCUGAUGAGGAAGCUAAUCACUUUAGCAACAAAAAAAAACAAUGGUUAUGGCUUGGCGAGAAUGUCACCAAUCAGUCAGGGUACUGUAAAAAAAAAAAAACUUUUAACUCGCCUUAAGUUAUAUUAACUGCUUGGGUAUAUAAUGAAUUUUGUAUAUAUACACAGUUUAUAUGAAAAUACUUUCGAUAAAUUGAAUAUUGAUGUUGUUAUUUUUAUGACAAAUGUUUAUGAAUAAAAA